AUGAGCGAUAGCGGUCAUGUCGCGGACCCACUGGACCUCUCCUCGCUCGACACGGAUUCACUCCUGUCCGCCCUGGCGGCCGUGAAGAAGGCCGUUCCGGACCUCCUACUCGAUGUGAAACCCGUCCUGGCGCAACUUACCUCGUCGUCGGACGCGGUGGAUGAGGAAGGCGCUGCUACGGCGCGUGAGGCUGUGGAUCGGUAUAUGGCGACUGUUGAUAAAAUCCAGUUCGUCCUCCGCCAGUCUGUCUUCUUCCUUCGUGAGACGCGCGCCGCGCCCUCUGUCCUCCGCCCACCACCUGCCGACGCUUUGCCCAGGCCCUUGGCUGCUACAUUGCGCGAUAGAGGUGACGGGGACGGCGAGGCCCAGCUGGGCCUCUACGCUCUACGUGUCGAGGUCGCCGCGCUACGCGACAUGCUCGCGGCCGUCAAGGCUAGUCGUAAAAUGAGCAAUGGCGAGGAUGGGAGUGGCGAUGGGCCGGAAGGAGGAGACGAGAGGAUGGAGAUGGUUUAG